UUUGAAAUUGAAUUAUUUCCUUUGCAACAGAUUGUCUGUACUGUAAGAUCCCAAGUUUACGAUAUCACUAGGCUUCUACCAUUCUUUAGAAUUAGUCUGGAUAGUAUGGAUAUGGAUGAACGGUUGAACAAGGAUAUGAAAACCUUCAUCGACAAUAGAAUUGAGAAAUCCAAACUGAUCAGGGGUAAUAUACGGAGUAAGGUUGGAGAACAAGAAACCUUGGAAACCUUUACACAGUUCCUUGUCUGCAGAGCUAAGGGGUGUUUCCUGUACUCAAAACUGGUUUUGGAUCUCAUAGAACGAGGGCAGUUGGUUUUGAAGUCUGGAAGCUACAAGGUGAUCCCCAGAACACUAUCAGAGAUAUUCCUUCUUAUCUUCAACCUUAGGUUUUCAACUUCUUUGAGCUAUGAAAAAGUUUCGGAGAUUUUCGCCAUUUGUCUCUCUUCAUUACAGUCAUUGAGCUUAGCAGAGGUAUUUAAACUGUACAGUUCUCUCUCUUUGUACACACAGGUUGACUGGGCAGAAUUUAAGAAGCGUUACAUCUCAAUCCAAGACCUUUUAGUUUCAAGAUCGGACGGAUCUUUGAUGUUCUUCCAUCCAACUCUCAGGGACUGGCUGGUUAAACGAAGGGAUGGAGAGAGUGAGAGGUUCCUUGUUGAUGUUAGAACCGGUCACGCGGCAAUAGCUUUCUCAAUCACUAGGUAUAAAACAGUGAUGAGGCCAGAGAAGAUCCUAACCAUGGUGCAUCAUGUUCUGAAGGCAAACUUGAAUAAGAACACGGAAUUGAACAACUCUUUGUACUACAAGGACUUGCAGGCAGUUUUAAUUUCUCUAACUACAGAUGAUGUAUCAUCUGCUCUCGGCUCUUCUAGAAAUAUCUACAGUCCUAACUUAAAGGUUUCCAAGCUUUUGCUGCUAGCUGGAGCCUCCCCUGAUCACAUUACAGAGGAACUAGAUCAGUCUCCUCUCCUGGCUGUAUAUUCAUACCUAGGGAUCCUAGACAUGGUUAAACUACUCUUGGAGUACUCAGCUGAUACCAAUCAAACCAACAACAGAGGACAAGGUUCACUAUUCUUCGCUGCCCAACAAGGUCAUUGUGAUGUUCUUGAAUGGCUGAUUGAUUACGGAGCACAGUUGAACCUGGUCUCUAAGUCUGGAGUUUGCUCACUUGUUGCUGCAGCAAGAGAAGGUCAUCUUAAGAUUGUAGAGCUGCUGUUAGAGAAGGAUUGGUUGGAAGCUCCUGACCAUUUGCUGAGUAAAUCUGAAGCAGCAAAUCAAGCUAUGGUAGCAGCUGCACAGUUCGGACACAAACAUGUGUGUGAGUACCUGCUAGACCUUGGGUACAUCCAGGUAGAUCAGAUUGAUAAUUUGACCGGAUUGACCUGCCUUGCCGCUGCAGCAGCUGCCGGUCAUAAGCAGCUGGUACAUCUCUUCAUCAAACACGGGGCCAGAUUGAGAACUGCUUCUAUAGAAGGAGAAACUGCUCUUCAUUUAGCAGCAAGAAAUGGAUGUUGGGACGUGGUGGACCUCCUGGUUCGACAUGAUGUAGAGCUGGUUCAGGUUCAGGAUAUUCAGGGGAGAACUUCAGUAGCUGCAGCAGCAAUAGGUGGACAUCUGGGAGUGGUUGAACUACUCCUUGAACGGGGUGGACUCCUAGACCACCAGGACUCCCAGGGGUACAGUCCACUCCAUCAUGCAGUCCUGCACUGCCAGGUCCAGGUGGUCCGUCUACUCCUAGACCAAGGAGCAGGAGUAGACAUCAAGGAUAAUCAAGGGCGGAGCUGUCUGAGCCUUAGCGUUGAUACAGGAGAUAUUCAGAUUAUUGAGAUACUUCUUGAUUUUGGAGCAAACAUGGAGGUUGGAGAUGGUCUGGGUGUACGGCCCCUGGAGAAGGCAAUCUCUCAAGAUAAACCGGAUGCCGUCUCGUGUUUCCUUCGACGCGGAGCCAAACUUGGAUCCGGCACAUGGAUUAGUGCCGAGGGAAAACCGGAAAUACAGAUGAUUUUGAUCAACAAAAUUCUAGAAGAUGGAAACACACUGUUCAGAAAGAACAAGUUACUGGAAGCAUCACAUCGUUAUAAAUACGCACUAAGAAGAAUACCAAGACUAGAUGUUGAAUGGGCGGAUACUUUCUUGAAGCUGGAGUCCCACCUCCUCCUCAACCUCAGUAGGGUGGAGAGAAGGCUGGGUAACCUCAAGGAGGCGGAGCAGUUGGCCCAGCAGGUACUAGAGUAUGACGAGGAGAGUGUAGAAGCCCUGGUUGCCAAGGCUAAAGCUUGUAGAGCUGGUGGAAGGAAGGAAGAAGCUCUCUCUCUUCUAUCUACAGCUCUAAAUCUAGUUCCAACUAACAGAGAGAUUAGUAGAGCUAUUGCCAAAUUGAGAGAUGAAGUUGAACCAGAAGCAUUGGUUCAACUAGUUCAGCUUCCUCCUCACCUUGGAUCCAUACAAUCUAUACCAUACAUUGAUGAUUCAUCUACGAACUGUAGUAGCAUAGGCUCAUAACCAGCUACAUAGCUGUAGUAGCUUAGGUUUAUAAUCUCCUACCUAACUAUAGUAGAAUAGUCUCAUAAUCUUCUACAUAACUGGAUAAGUAGCAUAGGCUCAUAACGAGCUACAUAACCAUAGUGGCAUAGGCUCAUAAUCUGAUACAUAACUGUAGUAGCAUAGGCUCGUAAGUCAUAACCAGCUACAUAAAUGUAGCAGGAUUAGGUUAUAAAUUGCUACAUUAACCUAACAUAGUAGUAACAAAUGGCCAUAAUAAAAUUAAUGAAACAAGAUCCUGUUUCAUCUUUGAUUUUGUUCAGACUGCUAAUUACAGUUUUUUUUCACCAUCUACAAUGCUACUUCUGCUGAAACUAUUCAAGUAAUUGUCAACGAAUUAUCAAGUUAUGCAAUAUUAUACUUAUAACGCUUAAACAUAUCUGUGUAAUCGUGCUAACCUGUCCCAAAAUAUUUUAAAAUUAAUUUCGAGUGAGUGAAACAAUUUUUAUUUAAAUUUUUUUUUAAUCAAUUCAAAGUAAUUUUGUAAUGCAUUGCGCUCGCAAUUGUUUUUAUAUUUUCUGUGACUUGUGUUUAUGAGAGGUUAAUAUGUGCACCGCUUAUUCAUAUCACGCCAACUUAUUUAUAACUAUAAUAUAGGCAUUAUAUAAUAAAGUUCCUAGGGGAGGGGAGGGGGUUGAGUUUGAAUCUCAUUUUUUAUAGUUUUGUAAUUAAAUUUUAAGGAAACGUUAUUUUGUCAUCCUUUUAGGUGUUUGCUAUUUAUCCAAGUGCAAUUUGUAAAAUAUUAAAUGCUAUUUCUAUUGUCGCUUGGAAAUUACAAGUCCUAAAAGAUUUGUUUAGAAAUGCUGAAAUAUUUUCAGUGACCAGUGACCACCUGGACCAACAAGAUGUCUGUAUAGCGUGUUGUGUAAUAUGUAUAGAGCUACGCUUGUCUUAAAUUACAGCAUCUGUUCAAAUUCUAUAUAUUUGAUCAGUGCAAUAGUUUAAGAUGUAAACAAGAGUUCCUAAAACAUAAAAAAAACUAAAUUGUGAAAAAAAAUUUACAUUAGUUAUUUUUUCUUGUACCACUAGUUUGCAAACUGCUUGCUAAAAUAAAUUUUUUGAUGAUGUUAAA